AUGGUAUCAAGAAGUAGUAGUCGGAGUAGCUCGACUUCAAUCAAUGGUAGUCUGAGAAAAUCAUCGGUGCUGGUAUCAAAUGGAAAUGUUAAGAUUAAAAAAUCAAAUGCUAAAGAAAAUUCAAAAAUUAAUGAUAACAAACGACGAAAUGAAGAAAUAGAAACACCAGAAACUCCAGAUAGUUCGAAUAAAAGGAAGUCAAGACGAAUAGCUCAACUAGGGAAUGUUCCAACAUUGUCAGCUAGUCCAAACAUUAAAGAAUUAUCAAGUCAAGUCAUUUCAGAUAGUGAAGAAUCUCAAAAUGUUGAACCAAUUACUUUACCAUUUAUAGAGCCAGAUUUAGCUAUUCCAACACCAAGUUAUACAGGACAACCUUUGGAAGAAUUCCCAUCAGCUAAAAUAAAGAAAGAAUCAUUAUGGCCAGCAAAACUAAGACGGAAAAAAGGGAAAGAUUCUGAAACCAAUGAUAAAAAUAAUCGAGAGUCAUCCCUUUCGAUUGAUGAAGAAAAUGAUAAUAACAUAAAAAUUGAACAAGAAUAUAAAUCAAAUCUACAAACUCCUAUUACACAUAAUAUAGUUCAAGAAAGUGAAUUACGCUCACCUAAUGAAAACAUACCACAAUCUCCAUCGAAAAAAAUAAAAGUUGUUGUUAAAACUCCUAAACAAACAACAAUUAUAAAUAAAGCAACACCAGUAAAUGCAUUAAAAAAGAUAAAAAUCAUAUCACCUAAAAAAUCUCCAGUAAGUUCAAAACUACUAGCUCCAAACACAAAAGUUGAAAAUAAUAAUACUCAUUUCAAUUUUAAUGAUUCAUUUGAAGAUGACACCUAUAAAGAUAAUGAUGAUUUUUGUUUUGCAUGUGGAAGACCAGGUGUAUUUAUAUGUUGUGAAACAUGUCCCAAAUCAUUUCAUUUCACAUGUUGUGAUCCUCCAUUGGAAGAACCACCUGAAGAUGAUUGGUUUUGUCAUGAAUGUUUUGCCAAAAAGAAUCCUAAAUUAUUACCAAAUUGGAAAGAAGUAGGAAUAUUUGGUAAAUUAUUAAAUGAUUUACAAAUUAGAAAUCCAAAAGUAUUUCAAUUACCUCAAAAAAUAAGAGAAGAUACAUUUAUUGGAGUUGAAACUGGUGAUUUUGGAGAUUAUGCAGAUGAUUCUGAAAAACCAGAUCUACCUAAAAAGACAACUAAUGGAUCAUUACAAAUACCGGGGUUCAAUAAAAACAUUGAUCUUGAAAUUGAAAAUUUAUAUAAUGAAAAAGGUGAACCAUAUCUAUGUCAUAAAUGUGGAGAUUCAGGACAAAAUCAUAGAACUUUAAUAAAAUGUGAUUAUUGUCCAUUAAUUUAUCAUGUUGAUUGUCUUGAUUAUCCUAUGUUUGGUCCAAAAACAAUUGGAGAUAAAUGGAGAUGUCCAAAUCAUAUUAAAGAUUUAUUACCAAGAGGAUUACCUGAAUUAAGACAAUUUAAAGAUACUGAAAUUUUGGAAGCAUCUUUAAAAAGUAAUUUUUUAAAAAUAAUGGCUAUGGAAAAUUUUGUUGUUAAAUUUGAUUCAGAUGGUUAUUAUAAAGAUAAUUCAAAACAUAAAUUAGAUGAAAUUAAACCUUAUAAUGAUGAAAAAAAUGAAACUUUAGCUGAUUGGGGUAGUGAUAUAAAUGCAAUUCAUCCAGAAUUUCAAAUUCCAAGUUAUUUACAAACUGAAUCUACUUCAAAUGGUGUUUCUGCAAAUUUAAAAUCAAAAUUAGUUAGUAUACCAAAAUCAAAUUCUUCAAUUUUACAAACUUAUAGGAUACCUGAAAAACUGAUCAUUUUAGAUUUUAUUAAUAAAUUCGAUAAUAAAACAAAUAUACUAGAAAAGAACAAAGAAUACGAAUAUCAAAAACGACUAGAGGAAAAUCCUGAGGAACUUAAUUUUGUUAAUGGAUUAAAUAAGCUAACAAAGCAAUUAAAUCUUGAUGCUUUGUUGAAAGCAGUAAAUCUUGAAGAGAAAGAUCAUAAAAUAAAUGGUAAAAUUGACAAACCAAAGUUGGAAAAACAUGUCGAAAAAGAAGUUAAUGGAAGUGCUUUAUCUGAUAAUGAACUCAACGAAUUACUAAAAAUCAAAAAAUUAAUGGAAGCUAAAGGACAAGAAGAACUUUUAAAAUGUCUACAAAGCUGA